AUGAAGGUAUUUGUCACUGGACCAGCGGGAGCUGGAAAGUCAAUGCUUAUACGUGCAUUAGCACAAUCUGUAAUUCGGAUAGCAAAUCUUAGACCAGAUAUAGAUGAUCUGUCACUUCCUCCCGUAUUGCUGACAGCACCAACAGGUAAAGCUGCAUAUGGAAUAAAAGGAUUAACACUUCAUUCCGCAUUCAAAUUACCAUUGAAUCAAUUUGCCGGAUUGUUACCAAAGUUAAGUUCAGAUAUUUCAAAUACACUACGUUGUCAGUUUGCCAAUGUAAAACUUUUGAUAAUUGAUGAAAUUUCCAUGGUUGGCAUAAAAACACUGGGAUACAUUGAUCAACGAUUGAGGUCUAUAUUAAGAAUAAAUAAACCAUAUGGGGACAUAAAUGUAAUAGUGUUUGGCGAUUUCUUUCAAUUAGCACCGGUAUUAGCAACACCAUUGUACGAUAGUUUUGAAGAAAUAUUGUCUAAAUUUCCAAGUGCUUUAGAAAUGUUAUCGAUUAAAUCUAUUUGGGAAACAUUCAAGUUUUAUGAGUUGACUGAAAUAAUGCGCCAAAAAGAUGACAAACAAUUUGCAAUGAUGUUAACAAAGUUAGCCAGAGGACAGUUGGAGGAAGCUGAUGUAAAAUAUUUUCAAAAUCUUAUAACCCACCUAGACAUUACUUUUCAACCACAAGUAAUGCAUCUUUGGGCUACUAAUAACGAAGUCGACGAAAUGAACAGGAGAGUGCUUAACUCUAUGAAUCAAGUUAGUUUCAUAUCCGAAGCCAUCGAUACGUCUGCAAAACGAUCGGAUAUUGAAUCUGCCAAGAAAUUGCCACGACAAAAGACUAUGGGUUUAGCUUUAAUGUUAGUUUUAAAAGAAACAGCUAAAUACAUGGUGAUAGCAAACAUUUCAACCGAAGACGGCAUAGUGAACGGUGCAAUCGGAGAACUCAUGCAAAUAAACAAAGGACAGACUGCAGGAGGUAAAGAAGUUGCAAAAAGAGUUUGGAUCAAGUUUGAUGAGCCAGAUGUGGGGUCACUAACCAGACAGAAGAUAAAAAACAAACUAAAACCCGAAGGCGAACACACAGAUGAUAUGUGCAAGUGGACACCAAUUGAAAUUAUAAAAUUAGAAUUUCAACUCGGUAAUGCAGAGCACCAUAAAGUAACUAGAAUGCAAUUGCCCUUAGUGGAAGCUUUGGCAUUGACGGUACACAAAAGUCAAGGUGCCACAUAUCAAUCUGUAGCAUUUCAUAUACCCAAAAAUUCUUGA